CCCUACAGGACGCGAGUGUCAUGGAAGCUGUAUACUAUCAGGCGCCCAGGCAAUUCGAAUUACGCAAAGUGCCCAUUCCUGUCCCUGGAGACGCUGAGGUACUCUUCAAAGUUGUGUGUUGCGGCGUAUGCGGUACAGAUGGACAUGUGCACGAAGGCGAAUUCAUCGCGAAAUUCCCUCUUAUCCCAGGUCACGAAGUUGUGGGAGUGAUUGAGAGCUGGGGUAAGAAUGUCACUGGCUUCGUCAAAGGCGACCGAUGUGUCGCCGACCCCGGCAUCACUUGUGGCGAGUGCUUCUAUUGUCGCAGAGGGAAGACUAUACUGUGCGAGAAUUUCCUGGGUGUCGGCGUCUCCUGCGACGGAGGCUUCGCAGAAUACUGCACAUUCGCCGCAAACAAGGUGUACAAGAUCCAUAGCCUUUCGGACGAGGAGGCAACGCUCGUCGAGCCCGCCGCGUGCGCCAUCCAUGGGCUCGACCAGCUCAACCCCGGUGUCGGUCUCGAAGCCCUCGUGAUCGGUGCGGGUCCCACAGGCCUCAUCCUCGCGCAGCUCCUCAAGCAGAAUGGCGCGGCUCGCAUAGUCGUCGCCGCGAACAAGGGCAUCAAGACGCAGGUCGCGCGGGAGCUUGGUGCUGCGGACGAGUACGUCGAGCUCGACCGCGCAGACGCUGGGCCCCAGUGGGAGCAGCUCAAGAAGGAGAACCCGUACGGUUUCGACGUUGUCGUGGAGGCGACGGGCUCGGAGAAGGUCGCAAACGAUGCGAUACAUUACGUCAGACGGGGCGGCACACUCAUGGUUUAUGGUGUGUACGACAACGCGGCGAGGGUACAUUGGCCGCCAUCCAAGAUAUUUGUCGACGAGAUCCGGAUUAUCGGCUCGUUCGCGCAGGCCCAUUGUUUUCCUCGCGCGGUGGCUUACCUCGAUAGCGGGAAGAUCAAGGUGAAGGGAAUGGUAACGGACGUGUUCAAGAUCAGCCAAUACCAGGAAGCGCUAGAUAAGAUGAAUAGUCGAGAUGCGGUUAAGAUCGUCGUGAAACCCUGAGUAGACGGCAGCCAUGUUAUACAUGAUACAUGUAUGUAUAGGACACAUUGUUCUAGUUCUAUAUACCUUUCAUAACUCUCAGGACGCCAAGGACUAGUACACUAAGAUUGUCCAGAUGCAACGUGGACCCCGAGAAAGCCCUGAGAUAUUGCGGGAAAGUCGGCGAAGGAGUGUCCCGUGCAGCUCAAGCAGAACCUUCGCCGCGCUGAAAUACAGGCGAAUAUCUGUGAUGCAGUAAUGACUCCGAAAUCACGGACUCGCAGCACAAAACACCUAAACCAUUCCCCCUCGUCGCCUCGCCCGCGUACAAAGCUGUGGCAGCCGAGCAGCCCGAGGUCACGGUCGUGAACAUCAACGCCGAGACGCAGCCGUCGAUAUUGCGGUGCGCGCACUACGACGUGAGCGACCCGCGCGUGCUCGGCGCGCUCGCGCGCUUCCUCGAGGCCGAGGAUGCGCUCCUCGUCAGCGUCGCGCUUUCGCCGCGGCACCUCGCCGUCGUCGCCGCCCUCCGCGACGGCUGGGUCGAGCGCUUCCAACGCACGGUGCAGGUCGAGUGGCCGCCUGCGUGGAGGUGCGUACGCGAGCCAAGGGGAUGCGACGUAUCGCUCAGUGGUGAUCCACAGAUUUCA